GUGCUUAUAACAAACGAGAGGAGAGAGAGAGAGAGCAAAGAAAUGGUGGCGAGUCAAUCUUAAUAGCCGUCUGUACCUCAUUGAAUGCUAGUGGAAAACUAAAGGUUGACCUGGGGCUGCUGGGUCUGGGCUGAGUUCUGUCCAAAUUUUCAGCAUCUUCCUUGAAGUUGAUGGAGUAGCCAGUGUGCAAAGUGUACACUCUGUUGUCUGCUGGCGGUUCUGAGGUAGGAAACUAGAUGGAGGAGGCAACAGUGACUGCACAAUUGCGGCAACCCAAAGAUGACGGUGUCCAGGUCAAAUACUCGGGGACCAAACGCUACAGUGAAAUUUUAAGAGAUUUUGAUAACUUGGACCUGUCCUUAGUGAGCACGUCUGUAGAUGAUCUGCUUGCAGACCCUGACACACAGUCCCUCUCAGAAACAACUGAUACCACACUGGAUGAUCUGACAAAUGAAGAUGCAGACAAUAUGUCAGUCUGCCAAGAUGAAGAACCUCCAGCAGAGGAAAAGGAAGGUGCUCUAUUAGCCCAGGAAGCUGACCUCACCAUGUGUCGCAGCGAGAGUGGCGUGGAGCUUGCCCUGCAAUAUGCCAAAAUGUGGUGUCGCUAUGCCAAGGACCUCCUCACGUGGAUGGACAAGAGAAUCAGUCUGGAGCAAGAGUUUGCCAAGAAUUUAAUGAAAGCAGCAGACACAACAAGGUCCUGUGUUGCUCAACAGGAACUGAUGCCGCUGCAGUAUAUUUACACCAUGGCCCUGGAGCAGGACAUUAAAAUCAGCACCACAGCCAAACAAACCACUGAAUUGCUCCAGCAGCGCUGCUACCAGGCUUUGUCAGCCAAGCGCAAUGAGAUUGACAAGUGGCGUCGGGAGUUCAAGGAGCAGUGGACAAGGGAGCAGAGGAGAAUGAAUGAAGCUGUUGCGGCAUUGAAGCGAGCUCGGCAGCAGUACAUGCAGCGCUGUGAGGAGCUGGAGAAGGCCAAAGCCAUAACUGCUAAAGGAAUGGAAGAGGCUGGAGGUUCAAAGACCCUUGACAAGAGAAGGAAGUCUCGAGAUGAUGCUCAAACCAAGGUUGCAGAGGCUGAGACAUUGUACAGACAGUGUGUGUACGAUGCCAAGGCCCACCAGGAAGAGCUGGAGAAAGUGAAGGAGAGGAUCAUUGUGCACACUCGCAAACUCAUCUGCCAAGGAGAUACCGUGCUGAAAGAGGUGACAGUGAACAUGUUCUACUAUCAGAGACAGCAGACCGAGGCUGUUCCUCUUGGCUACCACAACCUGGAACUGACCUGCAGGCCAUGUGAGCCUGGUGAACCCUAUCUCCAGUACGUCUUCAGAAAGUGCCGCUGCAACCGUGAGCAGCCGCUGCAAUCUUUCACUUUCCAAGAGUUCGUCCCUCCAAACAAGAGGAGUUCUCCUACAGGCCGGCGUAAAACAAGUAAUCCCUUGAUGGCUCUGCAAGACACAUUUCCCCUUCCAGAUGACACAAGACGUGGAAGCAACAUUAGUGAUGGAAGGCGCAUCGGCUGCAGUGACAGUGAGAGUAUGGGAGGGAGCCUUGAAUCUCUCUCCAGUCCAGCCCAUGGGAAUCGCAAGCUACCCAAAGCCCCUUCCACUGGAACCAUGUCCUCAGAUGACCUGGAUGAGAGAGACAUUAGCACCGAAGCUGAGUGUGGCGAUCCUUUAAAUGACAGCAACGGUGGUUACUGCAAAGUGCGCACCACCUCUCGCGCUGCCCUCACUCACCGGCUCAAGAAAAUGAAGAGCAAAAUGGCCAAAUGCAAGCAAUGUGAUAACUACAUUCUGGUCAAUGGCAUCGAGUGUGAGGAGUGUGGCCUUGCUCUGCACAGGAAGUGCCUGGAUCUUUGCCAGACAGAGUGUGAGCACAGGCGGGGGACUGUGUUUGGAGUGGAGUUUUCUCAGCUGCCCAGAGAGCAGCCACAGGCCGUGCCAUUCAUUGUGCAGCGCUGCACUGAAGAGAUUGAGAGCCGAGCACUUACCGUCCAGGGGGUUUAUCGGGUAAGCGGGUCCAAACCUCGGAUAGUGAAGCUGUGUCAUGCCUUCGAAACCCAAAAAGACCAAGUUGACCUGUCUGACCUCUCACCUCAUGACAUCACCUCUGUACUCAAGUACUUUUUCAAAGAUCUUCCCGAGCCUUUACUGACCUUUGACCAUUACAAUGACUUCAUCAACAUUGGGAAGGAGAUUCAGCGGCUCAGUGAGAAGGACCACGCAGCCGAUACAACACAGAUAGCAGAGAGCAUAGUAACUAAUCUCAAACGGGUUCUGAGGCAACUGCCCCCCUCCAAUUACAGCACACUGCAGCACAUGAUGACCCACCUGCACAGGAUAUCUGAGUGUUAUGAAGAGAAUAAGAUGUCUGCUGGGAAUCUGGGCAUUGUAUUUGGUCCUACUCUCCUGCGCCCCCUGGUGUCAGGGGACGUGUCCAUGAUUGCACUUCUGGAAAGCAGCUACCAGGCUCUGCUGGUGGAGUUCAUGAUCAACCACCACGACCAUAUUUUUGGUCCUGCACCGAGACCCUGCACUCCCCCUCCACCUGUACCCACUGCCCCACUCCCAGACACCCCACCGAGAGCCUCCUGCCCUGCUGCACCGGAGAGAUCUGACUCACAUGAGGGAUCUGGAGCUUCCAACAAAGAAAGGCCACGCUCCCUAGAGAGUCGCACACUCAAGAGAGACUCAAGCGAGGGUUAUAUUUCUGACAAGUCGUCAUCCAAUGAGGCAGUGGACCAGCUGAGCCCUGAAGCCAAUGAGAGAGCAGUCCUGGCUAUGAGGAGUGCAUUGGCCGCUCCGCGAGGUCACUCAGAGGGACAUGUAGAUCCUCACCCAGGGUCUCAGGCGAGGGCUCACUUCAGCAGGCAGCCUGUGAAGCCCCAGAGGCAUGCCCCUCCAGCGACAUGUGUGCACUCACCGACCCCACAGCAAAAACACCCCCCAGACUCCACCAGUCCACUCCACAUGGCUGGACACACCUCUGCCACUCAGUCUCCGCCCUGUGAGUCUGAACGAGGGACACGAUUGAACGAUUCGGCAGCAGCUACAUCCAAUCUCAAACCCAGCCUCGUCAUCAGGACAGAGACAAAGGAGAAAGCAGGCUUCUUCCUUUAUCAGAACAGCAACCAGUCCAACAAUGGACUGACCCGAUCACUCAGGAGACACCCAGCGGAGGAGAGGACCGCCCAGAAGAUUCUGUCUGGGCUGAAGCUAAGACGCAGUAACUCAAGGAAAGGGGAGCAGCUUCAUUUUGUGUGAGACUGAGUGAAGAAAGAUCUGAGAGGGCAUAUGCAGGCAGUGCUCACCAAAGGAGCAGAAAAAUCCAAUUUACUACUUUUUCCCUUUUACUCCAAAUGUGCUCAGUUAGCCAAAACGUGUUUGGUGUCCAAAGUAAAUGUCUUUAAGUGAGGUAAGAAGCUCAUGGAGCUUAGAGAGAAAUAAAAGAGAUUUAUACACUGCCAGAUAGUAUCAUGAACACAUCAUGUCUAAAUCCUUGCACGCUUGUCUCAAUCCAUUUUAAAUUGAUAAAGGGAAAUUCCACCAAUUUUUCAAGAUUUCUGCAUAAUUCACUGCAUAUACCUCUACGCCACACGUGGAUUUAAAAAGUGCAGUUUUUGGCCAAAACUUUGUCCCAAAUCUAUCGUAAGACACUGUCUCAGUUUUGUACAGUAACUUUUUUUGAGGGGGCUUUUAGAGAUAUUAACCUCUGGUUCCUAUCACCAGCACUGUGAACAAUUCUGAAUCAGCAAGUUGUUCAAGAAUGAAGCGUUUCACAUCAAACCUCUGACUGACUUUGUUAAUUAAGUUAAUUAUUAAUCUCAAAACAUUAAGUGUAAAUUAAGUAAUAAGCUCAAAAAGACAUGCUUAGAUGGUUUCUGUGACUAUAAGAAUGGAUGUAAGCCCGUAGCAUAGAUGAAUACGUAACCAUUGUAACCAUCUUAAAGUCUGAAUCUUGUUCAUACGUUUGGACAAAACUGAAAAAGGAAACUUUUGGACACCAGACUUUUUUUUCAUUGGCUGAUCAAGUGCAUUUAGCGUGAAGGGGAAAACUAUUUAAAUUAGAAUUUUCUAUGGACUACUCAUUUAAACAAUCUCACAGAUGGAUUAUGAUUCAUAUCUAUUAACUGGAAAAUUAUUCUUCACACAAUGUACUCAGUGUUUCACCAUACACUCUCAGAAAAAAAGGUAAGACACUGUCACUGGGGCAGUCCCCUUUUUGUCACUGUGGUGGAACCCUCAGGGGUGCAUCCCAGUACCUUUAGUCAGGGAACAUAACUGAACC